CCUACAGAGCAUCGUUGAGCUUUAGUUGGAUCGCAACAUGCCAAGCGAAUGGGUUUUCCUGAUCAUCUGCCUGAUCCCGAUGGCCUCCGGGGGCACUACGGCGCCAUCGCUGAGCGCCAGUCCCAUAGUCUUUGCUCGGAACCUUUUCAGGGCCCUCAACGAUGUGGAGACCCCAGUGAACAUGAUGGUUUCUCCGGCUGCUGCCCGCAGCGCCAUGACAUUGGUCUUCAUGGGGGCCGGCGGGAAAAGCGCGGAUGAGCUGCGCUCCAGAUUGAUCCUGGGCGUGGCCAAUAAGUCGGAAAUCGCCAGGCAACAUGCGGAAUCCUGGAGUGAGGAGUGCUCUUGUGCGAAGAAAGGCGUUGCCCUGCGAUUGGUCACCAGUUUGUAUGUCAAGGAAGAGGAGAAAGUACGCCCGGAGUUCAAUACCCAGGCCAUGGAGUUCUUCAACGCACAGGUUGAUCCUCUGAAUUACCUAAACCCCGAAGAUUCACUUAAAAAAGUGAACAAAUGGAUGGAGAAGCAAACGUUUUACACUGUGAGGAAUCUCUUCACCACAGACGUUUUCAGUCCCGAGUCCAGUGUGAUCCUGGUGAACUCCCUGUUCUUUCGCGCCAAAUGGGAUAAAAUAUUUCCCCAGGAGCUUACGGAGGUGCAAGAUUUUUGGAUCAAUCCCCGCCAGCGAAUGGAACUGCCCAUGAUGCGACAGGUUGGGCAGUUCCGCUAUGGCGAGUCUAAGAAGCUCAAGUCCCAGAUUCUGCAACUUCCCUUUGAGAAGUCCAACGUGACCAUGAUGAUCAUUCUGCCCCGGGCUAUCGAUGGUUUGGCGAAAUUGGAGGAAAAACUGGGGCAGCUGGAUAUGAACGAGGUUGCAGCCAGAAGUCUAAUGAACUCGGUGGAUGUGACGCUGCCAAAAUUUAAGAUAGAGUGCGAUAUUGAUUUGAAGGUUCCACUACAAAAGCUGGGAAUCAACCGAGUUUUUGAGUCUGACCAAGCGGAUCUGAGUGGCCUCUUUGCCAAGAAAAGCCCACAAAGGAUAUCCGAGGCCAGGCACAAACUGUUUUUAAACGUGACUGAAACUGGCUGCGAAACAGCUCCGGAAACUAAGAAAGGUGACCAAGCUGAAGUCAUAAAGGAAAAUCCCGAACGCAAGGUCUUCAAGGCCGACCGUCCAUUCGUCUUCGCCAUCCGCAACAAGAGAAACGUUUUCUUCGUGGGCCAUUUCAUUAGGCCCUAAUUGCGGGUGGAGUUUUGCAAAUAUUUUGAUGGCGAUGGCCCGCAGGCAAUCACGGCCAAAUGGCAGUAUCCCAAUGAACAUCAAAUUAUUGCCAAACAAAUGUACACAAUGCACUCGAAAUACAAAAACAGCGGGCACAGGCAAA